AUGAAUAAAGAAACAGCAAUCCAUAAGGACGGAGAAAGAUACGAAAGCUUACAGGGAGUAUCAAAACUUAUCCAAACUGAUUCCCACUUUAUCUUGUUCAAUACCGCUGCAGCGUUAUCCAGACAAUCGACAUUAGCCUUUCCGGCCGGUGGGUCUGUGAUAUCCUCUGCGAGCGGAGAUGGGCCCAAUUUGGCGCGAGGCCGGUUGCUUGUUACAGCCCAUCCUGGCCAUGCAGCCAUAACUUUGUAUCUUACAGGAUCCCGUCAUGUCCACGGUGUCAUGUCAGCUACAGAUCUAAAAGAAAUCGACCGGGGAUUCCUAGGUAUUCUAGAGAAAUACUUUUCGGCUGAGGGCGCCUUCAACAUAAGGUUAGCCUUGAUUCCUAAGUCCGGAGAAGAGUUUGGCAAUGCUUGCUGA